AUGGCCACCAACUAUUUUAUCCGAGCUCAAUCAUUAUGUUUGUCUAUGUUUCAGAUGUCCACUUCUUUUUCAAGGGAAGGAAGCCCCACAUUCAACUGGCUUUCCCUGCCUCCGAGACAUAGCCCCAUAGUAUCUGGAUCAAGUCAUGGUGCACAUAGUUCAGGGGGCCAAUCUGAUGCGAUUGUGUUAACCCAUGAAUCAGACUAUGCUCUGACUUCUCAAGACAAUGAAAUUGAGAACACUGAUGACCGUUUGCCAAUAUUCUUUAAUGAGCAUGGUCAAUGGAAUGGGCCACCAAAUUUUGCAACCUUGAUCGGAGAGAUUACAAGGUCGAAAAUAGGGUUAGGGUAUGCAAAAUGGAAAGAGGUUCCUCCAGAAGACAAAGAAGAUGUUUGGAACUCUGUUCAAGUGAGUCCAAUUGGCUUUUUUUCGCUUAUGCUUAUGUUCAUAUACAUUUUCUUGGCUUUCUAUAACCUUUACCAAGUGCUGAAAUUAAAUGCUUACACUCAUCAUUACAUACAUGUAACAAUUAUCCAUAAGAAGUAUGUUUUAGCAAAAGCAAACAGUGCCUGGAGAACUGAAAAGUCAAAUAAAAAACGAUCGCUCAAUGAUGUUACAUCUGUGGAAGAAAAGAAAAGGAAGUUGCCAGCAUACAAUAAGAAAGAUGACUGGGAGAAAUUUAUCAAUAACAUCAGUGACCCAAAGUGGCUGAAAAAAUCUCAACAAGAUGCGGAAGCACGGUCAGAUGUUAAGGCUCAAUAUACAGGUGGUAGGAAAGGUGUUCCUACAAGGUGGAAUGAAUUGGAAAAGGAAAGCCCCACUGGUCAGAUUUAUAGGCCAGAUGUAUUUCUGAAAACACAUAGAGCCACCCCAGAUGAUGAUCCCUCGUCUUCUAAAUCACAGGCAGCUGCAAAACUUGCACUAGUGAAGGAGACAUAUGAUAAAGAUCCUUCAGCACAAAAGUGUUUGGGCACUGACGCUGUUAUCCAGGUUAGUGGUGAAUUCGUUGUUACUUGAAUCUUUUUACUUCUUGA